AUGGCUAAUCUUGCUGGUAAAGUUGAGGCUGAAGUUGAGAUAAAAUGUGAUGCUGAUGAGUUUUUCCAUAGCUGGGGUGGUAAGGCACACCAACUGCCAAAUUUGUGCUCUGAAAAAUUGCACAACGUUGAAGUACAUGAAGGUGACUGGAAGACAGAGGGUUCUGCUAAGCUCUGGACAUAUGUUCAUGAGGGAAAAGUGGAGACUUUGAAAGAAAGGCUCAAAAUAGACGAGGAAAACAAGCACCUCACUGCUGAUGUAAUAGAAGGAGAUCCCAUGAAACUCUACAAGAUCUACAAGGUCUCCUUACAGAUUAUAACAAAGGGUCAAUCCAGUUUUGCGAAAUGGUCCAUAGACUAUGAGAAAAUCAACGAGGAUGUUCCUGCUCCAACGGCGUACCUCGACUGGAUUGUUAACAGUAGCAAACUCGUCGAUAAAUCGCUUCUAAAGGCAUAA